GGACACAGCUGAUCACGGAAAGAGCUGAAGAUGUCGGCUCGGUCAUGUGAUCAGCUGUGUCCAAUCACGGGGACAUGUACACUGAUCAUCAGGGCACUGAUGAUCAGUGUGCCCUGAUGAUCAGUGUGGCCCCAGAAGUGCCACCUGUCAGUGUCCAUCAGUGCCAGCAGUCAGGGCUCAUCAGUGCCACGUGCCAGUGCCCAUCAGUGCCACAUCAAUGCCACAUACCAGUGCACAUCAAUGCCACAUAUCAGUGCCCAUCUGAGCUGCCUUUCAAUGUCACCCAACAGUGCCAGUCAAUGCCACCUAUCAAUGCCAAUCAGUGCCACCUAUCAGUGACAGUCAGUGUUGCCUAUCAGUGCGCAUCAGCGCCGCCUAUCAGUGCCAGCCAGUGCCGCCUAUCAGUGCCGCCUAUCAGUGCCGCCUAUCAGUGCCAUAUAUCAGUGUCCUGUAUCAGUGCUGCCUAUCAGUGCCCAUCAGUG